UGUAACUAAAAUGAACUCCAUUCCUAAAAUUACCUGAGAUGAGAACAUCUCUGAUGAGUUUUUAAGCGAAGAAGUAUCCUCCUGCAGAGUCCCUACCUCCAAGAAGAUUCUGGAGAACAUGAGCUUUAAAUCUAUGAGCAUGAGGAAGCAGACUGGUGUUAAGAGACUUAGUUUUAAUCCAAGAGAUGCUUCUUAUUGUGUCCAGAACAACGACCUUACUCAUGGGCUUAAAGAAAAUAGCAACAAGCAGAGCUAUUGGAGUGAAGAAAUCAAAUAUGGGAAUAUUAGCAAGCCCCGUAUCUUAUCUUCAUCUGCCAAGACAGGCAAACCAAGGAACUCUUUGAAAUAAAGAGAUUAGCAGUCUUUUGAAAGUAGCUGCUGAGAUUAGAAGCAAUAAAAAGUCAAAGAGUACUUUUUCCAAACAGAACUUUCCAGAACCUCCUCAGAAGAAAAGAGAGCCACCUAUCUGUAAUGAUCUGACGAUGAGAGACGUCAAGCCAUCUGUUUAAUAAUAAGCUAUGAAUAUUGUCAUUAAUAAAGUCUUUU